ACAACGUGUAAAACUAUUAGAUCAUGAUAAUUUGAUGGUGGAUUAAGGCCGUGAAUUACAAAUAACGCGACAUGUCGAGCUCUGUAACGAUAGAUCACGAGAAAGAGCGAGAUGUCCGAAUAGGAAUUCGUGGCACAUCAACGGAUUCCGAGACCGUUACUGGCAAUGAAGCAGAACCUGAGAGUGCUUCCUACAUGCUAAAGUACAUCAGCCUGUUCGCCCUGGUGGCGCAAAACGCCAUGGUGAUACUCGUGAUGCGCUUUGUGCGCACUCGAGGGGGCGACAUGUUCAUGUCCACAUCAGCCGUUGUGAUGUCAGAGUUGCUCAAGCUGGUGUCGUGUUUGCUCAUCAUUUUCUAUCAGUUGGGAAGUGUCCGCCGCUUUCUCCACCAUCUUCACGAGAACAUCAUACUUCAGCCAGGUGACUGUUUGAAGAUAUCUGUUCCAUCUCUUGUGUACACAUUACAGAACAACCUGCUCUACAUCGCCCUCUCCAAUCUGGAUGCUGCAACAUUCCAGGUGAGCUACCAACUGAAGAUCCUAACAACAGCGAUCUUUUCAGUGAUAAUGCUCAGCAAGGCCCUAUCGAAAGUCCAGUGGAUGUCGCUGGUGAUCCUGUUCGUGGGGGUUUCCAUUGUUCAACUCAAUCCAGAAAACAGUCAAAAAGCCAACUCGGUGGGACAGCAAAACAGAUUACUCGGCUUCACUGCUGUUUUCAUAUCUUGCCUUAUGUCAGGAUUUGCUGGCGUGUAUUUCGAGAAAAUUCUCAAGGGCACCAAACAAUCUCUAUGGCUGCGGAAUAUUCAACUUAGCGUCCUUGGUUUCAUCAUGGGGAUGAUCACCAUGGAAAUCAAGGAAGGUGAUCGACUUCGUGUCAACGGCUUUUUCUAUGGGUACGACUUGUGGGUCUGGCUUGUGAUAAUACUGCAGUCCAUCGGGGGUCUGCUGGUGGCCAUUGUGGUCAAAUACGCUGACAAUAUAUUGAAAGGUUUUGCAGCGUCGAUGGCUAUAGUAGUUUCCUGUAUAGUCUCUGUGUUCUUCUUUGACUUUAGCUUAUCCUUUCAGUUCAGCUUCGGUGCUAGUUUAGUCAUGUUAUCCACAUAUUUGUAUGGGAAAUACGUUCCUCAGGCAUCCAGUGUGAAACAUGAGGACUUUGUAAAUGGCAAAGUUCGUCCAGUUUAACUUUUAACAAUCUUUCUCGUUCGUGAUAUUUGUUUAAGUUUGUUUGCAACACUUUUAACCUUUGCUUAUAUCUUUACGAUACCAUUAAAGCUGUGUUUUACCCGUCCAUUUUUCUGUCUGCAGAACUGUUCAUAUCUAGGGCAAUAACUGUAUUUUCCUAUAAAAAUAUGUAAAUUGGGGAUCUAACACUUGUUUUAUGAUAAAUCUACUUAAAUGCAUUUGUAUGCCCCUUCUUGCAGAAGGCAGCAUGUUGCAGUUGCACUGUUUGUCUUUGGGUCCGUGUGACGCUUCCUGUCACAGUUAUUACCUUAUAAUUUAUUGCUGGAUUUAGAAAAUACUUGUCACAAAUGCCAACCAUCAUAAGAUGACGUGUUGCCUGUAACACCUGUCACCUACCUCAAAUGUCAAGGUCUCAAUGGUGUUCAAAGGUCUAAAACCCUUUAAGGGCUUGUUUUUUACGUACCGUUGAUUGGAUAUUUGAGACAAAAAAGGAAUGUGGGGGCAUAUGUGCCCUAUAGACACCUGUUUUGUUAAUAUCAGUUUUUCUUUUAUACUGUUGUACAUUCCCCAUUGACUUUUUCACCAUACUAUAAUAAAUUUAAUGCAUUUA